AGCUCUAUAAUCUAACAAUGGCUCGUUUUGAGAUGGUUGUCUGUUUCGCCCUCUUGGCUAUUGCCUCUGCCAGUUACAGUGGCUCUAACUACGGCAGUCAGAGCAACUAUGGUAGCUCAGGAAACGCCUAUGGAGGCCAGAGCAACUACGGUAGCUCAGGAAACGCCUAUGGUGGUCAGAGCAACUAUGGCGGCAACUAUGGCAGCAACUAUGGAGGUAACCAAUACAAGAAUGUAGGCAACAACGACCAGUACAGAGAUGGCCUUUACUUCAACCCAGGCACUAGCUACGCCCAGGCUUAUGGUGGAUCAAACAGCUACCAAUCUGGAAAUGACUACAACAACAACUACGACAACGACAACUACAAGUCAUCCAGCUACAAUGUCCCAAGCUACCCCACCUCAUCUUCAUACGGUUCAAAAUACAGUGCCUACAACAAGCCAUCCUACACUGCCCCAGCCUCAUCCAGCUACGGAAGUGGAUCCUCCUACACUGCCCCAGCCUCAUCCAGCUACGGAAGUGGAUCAUCCUACACUGCCCCAGCCUCAUCCAGCUACGGAAGUGGAUCAUCCUACACUGCCCCAGCCUCAACCAGCUACGGAAGUGGAAGCUCUUACUCCAACAGCGACGACUCCAGUGUUGGAACAUGUACGUUAAUUUAUAAACUGAUUCUAAUUUCCGAUAAAAACUAUAUUUUAAAUAAGUGGACUAAUGAUAAUGUCAUUUUUUAAAACUUGAAUUACCGACGUAAUCAAUUCUACUUCAUUACUAUAAUAAUCACAUUUUGAUAGGGGAAACAAAUGUAAUAAAUAAAAAUAUCUCCAAUGUUAACAUUAUUACUUUGGCUUCCCUAUUCCCCAGACCCAUGUGGACCUAAAGACGAAGGCAAGACCUACGCCAUUGUUGGACUGUGUUAUGGAUAUUACGAGUGCUACUAUGGCGAGUCUCUCUACCGUCAAUGUAACAACUACUACAGUUUCGAUGCCUACUCUGGCAAAUGUGUCGCUGACAAUGCUUGCGUUUACGGUAAAGAGAUUUAUGAAUGUAUAAAAAAUUUAUUGCAACCGUUUACUUGUUAGCUAAAACAUCAAAAAAAGCAAUUACCUUUGAAUAUGUUCUAAAAAUAGAUCAUACAAUAUUGAUUCCUAAAUAUGUAUUGACCUAUUUGAUAUUUUAAAAAAAAAUUGUUUUUCAAACAUUUUAACGUAAAAAAUCGUUUUGCAUUUUCAGUUGCCCCAGCUGUCGCCUACGACAACAGCAACUACAACAACAAUGGAUAUGCUGCCAACAACAACUACAACAACAAUGGAUAUGCCGCCAACAACAACUACAACAACAAUGGAUAUGCCGCCAACAACAACUACAACAACAACAACGGAUAUGCCGCCAGCAGCAACUACAAGAACAACAAUUACGAUGCCAAAGCCAGCAGCGGUUAUUAAGAUGGACGAUGAUUCAGCGUGCACACAUAUUGUGGAAGUGUCGCAUGUGUCUGGUGUGUUGAUCUCAACAACAAUGUGACACGCAUCUGGACGCUUGACCCACUUUCUGUGCACAGCUAAAUAGAAGUCAGAAUAAAAUGAAUUUAAAUUU